AUGAAACAAGAUCGCUUUAGAGGUAUUUUGAGGUUUUUGCACUUCAAUGACAACAGUCAAAAUGAUAUGAAUGAUCCAAAUAGAGAUCGGUUAUUCAAUGUUCGACAUCUUAUGAACUUUGUAAAACAGAGAUGUGCAUCAGUCAAUGAGCCAGGCUGUGACAUCUCUAUUGAUGAGUCCUUUCUUCUUUUCAAAGGCAGACUUCUGUUCAAACAAUACAUAAGAACCAAAUGGUCACGAUUUGGUGUAAAAUUCUAUGAAAUAUGCACAUCAUCUGGAAUUAUGUUGGAUUUUCUAAUCUACUGCGGUAAACAAAUUGAGGGAAACGCAGACCUAAGUGCUACAGAAAGAAUCGUUGACACACUUAUUCAACCAUUUCUUGUCUUGUCAAAGUUUAUUGAUAACUACUACACAUCUCCGUUCCUUGUAGACUACUUGCUAAAAAGAGACAUAUACACCAUAGGUACGGUACAAACAAAGCAGAAGAACUUUCCAGAAGAGCUUGCUGAGCACAGAAUAGAGAAAGGCAAAGCAUUAUUUUAUGCUGACAAGUCUCGCAAUAUACUAACCUGUAAAUUCCGUUGGAAGAAAGAUAAGGCAAAUGGCAAGCCGAUGAUUAUACAUAUGUUGUCGUCGAAGCAUACAUAUGGUAUUGAAUCCUCCGGGAAAAAGGACAGGGAUAACAGCGACAUAAUAAAGUCGACAGUAAUUUUGAAUUAUAAUCAGAAAAUGGGAGGCGUGGAUGUGACAGAUCAACAAUUGCAUGGUAUUCAAACAACAAGGAAAUCAUACAAAUGGAGCACCAAAGUGACCAUAAGAAUAAUCAUGUUUUGUACCCUAAACUGUACAAAAUGGAUGCUAAUCCAUCAACGGCUUAUGCGAAAUAACUAA